AUGAUUAUUGAUUCGUCUUUGAUCACCAUGGUUCUUCCACUGAUCUCAGUCGUAUUGCUAAUUAAUGAUGUCAAUUUUGUCGAAUCGCAGUCAAUUCUCGAAUUUUUUGGCUUAAAUACAGAAUCUAAACCAAGUAAACGAAUGCCUUUAGACGAUAUUACCAGUCAAAGUAUUGGCCUUAUUAACUAUAUUCGAGCCAUACAGAAAAAUCCAAGCAAUGAUAAUCUGUGGAAAAAAUUAAAUGGAGCAUUACCAACCUUACCAGAAAUUACAUUGUUGGACGGAGUACCAGCGAUUCCCGGUCUUACGGGGAGUCUUACCGGAGCUGGCGGAUGUUUGCCUAAGUACAUGCCGCUCGUUAAUCAUGAAUCACCAAAUUUUUUCCAAAACUUUUUACGCUUUAUUCCUGGAGCUCAAGAUUAUUUACUCAGCCUUAUUCAGAAGCCAGAUAUUAAUGCAAACGCUCUCAUUGGCAAAUAUCAAUGGGUUGUAUCCACAGUUGGUGUUCAUGACCGUUAUUGCCCAACUACCGAAUUUAAGAACCUACUGCAGAACAGAAAUACGUCCACAUUUACAACAGUUGAUUCAUUUUAUGAAAAUGGUCCUCGAGGCCCAGCAAAAGUUGGUUUUGGUUAUGGGCUCAUUCAUCAUCGAAAAGUUAACAUUUAUUUCCAAGAAAAUCCAUGCCCAUAUCAGAUUGUAAUGGUAGGGCCCAUUGAUAAUCAUAGUAAGCAAUACGAAUAUGUUGUAAUUUCAAAUUGGGCGAAAUACCCCGUAAUUGGAUUAGCGAGGAAUUUAGAAGUGUUUAAUUCAAAAUAUCGGAAAGAACUUGUCGAGCGAUUCAAAAAUGAAGGAUUGAUACACGAUUUUUCUGAUUUAAUUGGUAAUUCCAUAAAUUUUGUGGAUUGGUCACAAUGUAAGGUUUUGUCACCUAUUGGAUUUGUAAUGAAUAUAAUGGAUCGCCUUUUUUCCGGCUGA